AUGUGCCAUAAAAUAAUACUUCAAAACAUUAAAAAAUUUCCUUUGUUGUCCAAAAUUGCAAUCUCAAGGUCUUUAACUUCUGAUUCUGUUAACUUCACUGAUGCAGUUGAUUUGGCGUAUGCUUCUUACGAGAGCACAUCAGAUGAAAGCUGUUCUAGACCACCUCUGAUUAUCUUACAUGGGCUUUUAGGGUCAAAGAAUAAUUGGAAUAGCGUGAGCAAAGCUAUACAUCGUACAACCGGGAGAAAAGUAAUAAGUAUUGAUGCCAGGAACCAUGGUGAUAGUCGCCACUCUUUACAGCACACGUACAUUCAUAUGGCACACGAUGUGAUGAAGUUACUAAAAAAAUUAGAGCUAUCGAAAGUUUCAUUAUUAGGUCAUAGUAUGGGCGGGCGAACUGCCAUGGUUCUGUCAUUACUAUGUUCUGACCUAGUUUCAAGUCUCAUUGUGGUUGACAUUUCUCCAGUGAAAACUAGCCCACAAAUAUUCUCAAUGAUGAGUUUAUUUGAUGCUAUGGCAGCUGUCUCAAUCAGAUCUGGUAUUGCAAUGUCCAAAGCUAGAAAAUUAGCUGAUGAACAAUUGAAAUCAAUUAUACCAGAUAUAAACUUAAGAAAUUUUUUAAUUACUAAUUUGGUACAAACAAAUACUGGAUCAUACACAUGGAGAGUGAAUCUUCCAGCGCUAAAGGAAAAUUUUCAAACAUAUAUAUCUUCUUUCCCAUCUAAUUUAAAAGGACUGCAAUAUUGUGGCCCAACUCUAUUCAUUGGUGGAUCACUUUCAGAUUAUAUUGGUAAAAAUGAUCUGCAAGAUAUCCAAGAAUAUUUUCCCUUGGCAGAAUUAACAUUUAUAGAAGGAGCAGGACAUUGGGUUCAUAGUCAAAAACCUGAGAAGUUUCUUGAAGUUGUAUGUAAAUUUCUAACUGAGAAGUAG